UCUCUCUCUCUCUGAGCAGGAAUGUGGAAACAGGAGUCCAGUCAGUGAUCGCUGCGCGUUUCUCCACAGCACAGGAGUGAAUAAUUGAUCUGUGCCUCGGCCAAAUAUAUUGAUGAGGAAGAAGUGAUUUGUGAACGGAUUCUGCGGUCACUUUUGGGAUUUACGUUCUUUGCUCGAACGAAUUAUUUCUUCUUCUUUUUUUUUCUCCUCGGCUGAAGAAAAGUUUGCUUUGAGACCCAACACAGCUGGAGUCAGCAGAUGGAAAUAAGCUCUCAGUGUCCACCGAGCGCACCUUAUUCCGGAGCUCUCCCAACAUGGACCCAGAGUCACUGAGAAGGUGAAGGCUGCUGGUGUUAAAUGCUCACUGCCAGGCUUCCCACAACACACUGACUGCUCAAAUAACUGCUGUUAGUUCAGUGACUGUGUGAACCGUUCGCAGACUGUUUACCAUGGCUUCUAGUCUGACAUGUACGGGUGUUAUCUGGGCCCUGCUGUCCCUGCUGUGUGCUGCUGCCUCCUGCGUUGGCUUCUUCAUGCCCUACUGGCUGCUGGGGACACAGAUGGACAAGCCAGUGUCCUUUGGCACGUUCAGGCGCUGCUCCUACCCGGUGAGGGACGAGGAGAAGCAAGCCACGGUGAUGCUGGAGCAGUGUGGGCGCUACGCUUCCUUCAACGGCAUCCCAAGUCUGGAGUGGAGGAUCUGCACAGUGGUGACGGGCGUGGGAUGUGGCCUCCUCCUGCUGGUGGCCCUCACAGCUCUCAUGGGCUGCUGCAUCUCUGACCUCAUCUCGCGUACAAUCGGCCGGGUGGCCGGCGGCAUCCAGUUUGUUGGAGGUCUGCUCAUAGGAUCUGGCUGUGCACUCUACCCAUUGGGAUGGGACAGUGAGGAGGUACAACAGACCUGCAACAACAGCUCAGACCAGUUUCAACUAGGUUCCUGCCAGAUCGGCUGGGCGUAUUACUGCACAGGGGCAGGGGCGGCGGUUGCCAUGCUGCUGUGCACCUGGCUGUCAUGUUUCGCAGGGAAGAAGCAGAAGCAGUACCCGUACUGAAGGGAGCAUCAGAGAGACGGGAACAGGCCCGAGACCUCAGGCGGCGCGAUAAAAGGGGACUCUGACUCUGUGGACUCACACUAGUACAGCACAUCAGGCACCAAAGACAAGUCCUUAUGGUGCUCUGGACGGCAUGGUACACAACUCAUCUGACAACUGCAGGGACUGUUUCAUAAUGCAACACACACAUACACACACACACACACACACACACACACACACACACACACACGGCUUUGAAAACUGGUUCUUCUCUCAUAAGCUGUUCUUAAAUGAAAAUGUAUGGACCAAUCCUAUUUGUGAAAUUGUUUCAUUUCUUUAACAAGAUGAGUAUUCUCUUUCUUUCCUUCUUUUCCCGGUCAUUGAUGUUUAUGUGAUGGUGUGCCCUGUGAUGAUGAGAAAAGUAAUGUUGCUUCAUUGUUA